AUGGAUCAAGGAUCGCCGACGAGAGCAAAAGCAAUGGCGACCCGGUGGCUCUUGCUUCUACUCAGUAUGGCCGCGAGCAUCGACAAGUUAGCUGGUUUUAUAAGCAUAGACUGUGGCCUGCCGGCGAAUGCCGUCGGCUACGUGGACAACACGACGAAGCUGCGGUUCACCGGCGACGCUGGUUUUACCGACGCAGGCAGUAACCAUAACAUCUCUGCCCAGUACAUCACCCCGACGAUGCCCUGGGGCUGGCACACCGUCCGCAGCUUCCCCACCGGCGCACGCAACUGCUACACGCUCCGGCCACUCGUGUCGGCAGGGCCCAAGUAUCUCGUCCGCGCCAUGUUCAAGUACGGCAAUUACGACGGUCUUGACAUGCUUCCCAUCUUCGACCUCCACCUCGGGGUUAACUAUUGGAAGACGGUGAACAUCUCAGAUGCAAGCUCACCGACGAUUGAGGAAGUCGUCGUUGUGGUCCCUGGCGGUUCCGUGCAGGUGUGCCUCGUGAAUACUGGCUCAGGGACGCCGUUUAUCUCCAGCCUAAACCUGAGUCCCCACAAGAGCGAGCUCUACCCGCAGGUCAAUGAGACGCAAGGGCUCGUUCUUGUCACCAGGACCAACUUUGGAACUCCCAAGAAUGUCAGGUAA